AUGGCCUCCAGACUCCAUCUCUUCUUGCUGCUCCUCUGCAGUCUCAGUGCGACUCUGGCUCAGAUCAAGGUGUUCGACCUGCGGGCCAGUGACCUCAGUUCAAACCUCCUGGGAACCACAGACGGCUUCGUGAAAGUUUUCUGUGGCCCUGCAUCCCUGGGUAAAACAUCUGUUCGUAACAAUGACAUCAACCCGUGGUGGGGGGAGGAGUUCACUUACUUCAAGGCCCAGGCGAACGACGUGCUGAGGCUGGAGGUCUACGACAGUGACAUCCUGUUUGACGACGAGCUGGGAGUCUGUCAGAGACAGAUCAAGGUGGGAACCCACCAACACGACUGCUAUCUGAAGAAAGGUGGAGUUCUCCAUUACUCCUACACCCUCCAAGGACAGAGGCAAUAA